GAGCAAUGGGUGCGCCCAUUAAAGCGUGACCAACCACUCAUCUACCCCACGGCCGUUGAGUUCCAGAGAGGAGAGGAGAGGAGAAAAUCAGUAAAGUAAAAGAAAGCUAGAUCAAAAUGAGUAAAGUAGUAGAGUGUGUAUUUCUGUUUUUCGCUGUGAUUUUACUGUUCACUCAAAUCUCUCACUCUCAGGCUAGAUUGAAUUCAAUUGUUGCUUUUCCCCAACCUGCUCUCCCUUCCUUCAACAUCAACACAACCUCUCUAUCCCACCAGGAUGGGGGGAGCUGUGUUUUCACAGUGAGCAUAAGCACCAGCUGCUCUUCACCUUCACGCACACGAGACCAAAUCAGCCUUGCCUUUGGCGACGCUUAUGGAAAUCAGGUAUAUGCUCCGAGGUUAGAUGACCCGUCUAUUGGGACAUUCGAGCGCUGCUCCACGGAUACGUACGAGAUAUCCGGUCCGUGUACGUAUCAGAUAUGUUAUUUGUACGUGUACAGGAGCGGAUAUGAUGGGUGGAUACCCUAUGAUAUUACGGUGUACGGGUAUUAUACCAAGGCCGUGACGUUCCACUACGACGUACCUAUUCCUCCUGGUAUCUGGUAUGGGUUCGACUAUUGCUCUGCUGGUGCUAAACCUAAGGCUGAAUGGCGAUGGAGUUUUUUGUGACCAUUUUGUACACCCUUGCUGGGCUAGGUCGUGACGAUUAGAUUAGCUUCUUCGCAUUCUUGAAUGGCCUUUUACUCUUCUGCACUUAUCUCAUCAAUUUCAACCACCUUUUUAUGUUUGUGACAUAUAACUUCUAUGAUCUGAGCUACUUAUGCAGACAAUCACAUUUUAUUGCUGACAUUAUUAGUUGUUCA